UCCUGCUUAAUUGAGUGAGUUUUUAUCCAAACUUUGUAUAAGAAAGUUGUUGUUCGUGAUCUCAACUCUUUGUGUAUUGAGUUUCAGAGGAAACAAAGUUAUAUAAAGUCUGAUAUCUUAUUUCUGAAAAGUUGAUCUAUGUUUUAUUGAUUUUCCUGGUUUCUUGAGCUUGUCUGAAUUUUCCUGAUCAAGUGGCUGAGAUUUUCAGGUUUCUUUAUAUAAGAAACUUGUUCUUCUAGAUCUGAAUUCUCUAUAUAGUGAUUAUCAGUUAUAACUCAAAAUUUUUUUGUUAUCUUUCAACCUUAUGGCUGCUCAAGUUGCCAUUUUAUCCGGCCCGGGCAUCGGCCACCUCUUCCCAUGCUCGGAGCUAGCCCGGCGACUGGUUCGACACCACAACCUCUCCGUCUCGCUCAUCACCCAAUCCCUCGGGCCCCCUUCAGAUACAGAGCUAUCACUCAUCAGCUCCAUCCGUGAAGAGAUCAACGUUGUCUCCAUCCCACCACCGCCUCCACACUCCAUUCCACAAAACAAGAAUCUAAUCUUUCUACUUUUAUUCUUGUCAGCUCACAACGGUCCCCAUCUCCACACGAUCUUGAACUCCCUCACUGCCAACACUAGUACUCCACCUCUCAAAGCUCUCCUUGUUGAUAUGUUCUGUGAUGAGGCUACGUUAGAUAUAACCCAAGAACUCGGUGUCAGGCACUAUAUGUUCUUCACCUCUGGAUGCAUCCUUCUCUCCUUUGCACUCCAUCUGACUAAACUUGAUGAAACUUAUGAUGGUGAAUAUACUGACAUUUUGGAGCCAAUCAGAUUGCCCGGUUACUCUCAAAGUUUUUACGGCAAAGAUUUCCCUCAGCCUGUCGUUGAGAGGAAAAAUGAGGUUUAUACAAGUUACCUGAGUCUUUCCAAACUUUAUUAUAAAACUCGUGGGAUCCUUGUCAAUAGCACGGAGGAGUUGGAACCUGAGCUUAUAAAUUUUAUGAAGGAAGACGAGAGAAUCCCUCCUGUCUAUCCGAUCGGGCCACUUAUUAGGAGUUGUUCUAGAGAUAGAGGGAGUGAUGCAACUGAUGAUCAGUGUUUGAGAUGGUUGGAAGAACAGCCAAACCGGACAGUACUUUAUGUAUCCUUUGGGAGUGGAGGGACACUCACUAGAGAGCAGAUGAAAGAGUUGGCAUGGGGUUUGGAGCUCAGUAAGCAAAGGUUCUUGUGGGUUGUCAAGAGGCCAAAUGAUGAAGCCGAUGCUAGUUAUUUUGGUGGGGAAAUCAACGUGAGUUCUUUUAAUUUCUUGCCAAAUGGGUUCUUGGAUAGAACCAAAGGUUUAGGACUGGUUGUGUUUGCAUGGGCUCCACAACUGCAAAUGCUUGGCCAUGCAGCUAUUGGUGGAUUCCUCACCCACUGUGGAUGGAACUCAAUUCUAGAAAGCAUCAGCAAUGGUGUUCCUAUGAUCGCAUGGCCGCUGUUUGCAGAGCAGAAGAUGAACGCGGUGAUGCUUGAGGAGGAUGUAAAGGUGGCAGUGAGAGCUAAAGUGGAUGAUACUGGUCUCGUGAGAAAAGAAGAGAUUGUCAGGUUGAUCAAGUGUUUGAUGGAGGACGAGCAAGGUAGAAAGAUGCGUGAUAGGGUGAGUUUGAUAGGUUUGAAGGCAGCUCACUCAGUUGAAGAAGGUGGAUCUUCCUUUAGAUCUAUGAAAGCAGUGGUUAGUGAGUGGAUUAAUCUUUGAUUAAGUCUGUAAUUAAGUGCGGUGCAUGGAUUUGGUUGAUAAAAUUAAAUAAAGGUGUGUACGUCUUGGUUUUAAUCGCACAGUGUGGCUUGAUAUUCUUCAGUGCGUUUGUAUUAUUGCAAAAGAUAUAUAUAAUUGAA